AUGGGCAAACUUUUUGCCAGGAUUCACGCCGUCCUGUUUUUGGCAGGGCUGGCCAUUCUAUCUGACGCUAAAUCGCUUUCAGACGUCUUUAAUACUCUGUCGCUCUCUCCUAGUAAUGCGAAGGCUGCCUACCCAGAAACCCUCUGGAAGGCUUCCCUGACCUAUGCCAUCACACCCGAAAUGCAGGCCGUUCGCGGAGACACCUUCGAACUAUACAUGCCACACGUGAUCAAGGCGUAUGGAUCUGUCACAAUUGGAUACGAUACGUACAUCCCUCUGACGUCUGGCGGUAGCACAUUUGCCAACUGUCUGAUUGUCAACGGCUUCCACGACCCAGCAGAUACUCGCUUGCAGUGCACAAUCAGUAGGGCCACCGUCGCCAGCAACGCCGGUACUUUGUCGUUUUCCUUGGUGUUCAACGACGGUGGAUCAGGCUCUCCUGGAGCUCUAGCGGCUGCCCAAGCUUGGACUGUCGGGGUCAACACCGUGACCUGGAACAACGAUCUUGUUGCUACUGCUUCCUUCGCUACCAAUCCGCGUGCAACGCCGCUUGUCACCCAGACUCAAUUUUCUGGCUACGAUUUCCAGUUUCCUGCCACCAGUACCUACCAAAUGGCGUACUAUGUGGGUAUGGCUUGCCCCAGUAGCUCGUUUAACGAAGUAUUGUCGCUUAUUUAUCGUGGCUCUCCCGGCACCAUGGGCGCUGUGGCCGCCUGCAACGACGUUAACGUUAGCAUGGCGAGCUCUUUUAACCAAUAUAACUUUCCGGUGCAGGCCACGUCUUUGCCAUCGGCUUCUUACCAACUCACCUGUAAUCAAAAUACUAUUGUGGUGAGUGCAAGUAAUAUUCCGGCCAAGUAUCAUCUUUUCGUCAACGCCAACCAGGUUUUGGAUCGUUCUCUCACUGACGCUAUAACCUUUUCCAACACUUAUGUCGAGACCAUUACAUGUGGUGCUAGCAAGAUAAGUGCAAGCACAAACAGACGUAUUAGUUUCCAGUCUGGCAGCGGCGGUGGUGGUGGUGGAGAUGAUCGAAGCUACCCAACAACUACCGUUGGGUGGAGCAAUUCCUAUACCAGCACCAUCACUUCUACGUCUGCUAAUAUUGGUGAUGAUGGUAAUAUAACCCCAGAAACACUUAUAGUAAUUGAAGUACCUACCAAGGGUUCUACUUCCUAUUCCAAUACUCCUUGGACUGGAAGUAUCACUUCUACUUACAGCACUGCCGAGGUUACAAAUACAGGUAGCGAUGGUUCCAUCACAGUUGAGACCAUCUACUACCUCGAGACUCCUACAAAAGCCAUCACAAAAACAACGACUCAGGCUUGGACAGGCAGCGUCACUUCCACUUAUUCAACUGGCGUCACAACUACUACUGGAUCCGACCGAAUUCCAACUACCAUGACAAUUUACUACGUCGAAACGCCAACCGCAGCCGCCACUAGCACAUCUAUUUCUGGAUGGACUGGCUCCCUUACUUCAACAUUUGCCACUCGAACAACAACUUUCACGGGUUCUAACGGUAUACCUACCACUGAGACUAUUUACUAUGUGGAAACUCCAGUGGUUGGCAUAAGCUCAAUCUCGGUUGGCGGAUGGACUGGAUCAUUCACCAGCACUUUCUCUACUGACAUCACCACAUUCACUGGACCUGACGGAAUCCCAACCACCGAAACCGUCUACUACGUGGAAACUCCAGUUGUGGGCGUGAACUCCACUACCACCACCGGAUGGAGUGGAUCGUUUACUAGCACUUUCUCUACUGAUAUUACCACAUUUACUGGAUCUGAUGGUAUUCCAACCACUGAGACUUUCUACUAUGUGGAGACCCCAUUUGUGGGAGUGAACUCCACUACCACCACCGGAUGGACUGGAUCUUUCACAAGUACUUUCUCUACUGAUAUCACCACUUUCACUGGGUCUGACGGUAUUCCAACCACCGAAACCGUCUACUACGUGGAAACUCCAGUUGUGGGUGUCAACUCCACUACAACUACAGGAUGGACUGGAUCUUUCACUAGCACUUACUCCACUGAGUUGAGCACGUUCACCGGAUCUGAUGGUAUUCCAACCACUGAGACUUUCUACUAUGUGGAGACCCCAUUUGUGGGAGUGAACUCCACUACCACCACCGGAUGGACUGGAUCUUUCACAAGUACUUUCUCUACUGAUAUCACCACUUUCACUGGGUCUGACGGUAUUCCAACCACCGAGACUAUCUACUACGUGGAAACGCCCUAGUUGUGGGUGUCAACUCCACUACAACUACCGGAUGGACUGGAUCUUUCACUAGCACUUACUCCACUGAGUUGAGCACGUUCACCGGAUCUGACGGUAUUCCAACUACCGAAACGGUCUACUAUGUUGAGACUCCAACUACUAAUGUCAACUCUACCAUUUACACCCCAGGGACUGGCAGCUUUACUUCUACCUACUCCACCGAGUUGACCACAUUCAGUGGAUCUGAUGGUAUUCCAACCACGGAAACCGUUUACUAUGUUGAGACCCCAACUGGUGGUGCUAACUCCACCGUCUACGCUCCUUGGACCGGGACUAUAACAUCGACUUACUCUACCCAUGUUAACACAUUCACCCUAGCUAACGGUAAAAUAACUUCCGAAACCGUCUAUUACGUGGGUACCCCAUCUAGUGAUUCGACUUUGUACACCCCAUGGACUGGCAGCUUUGCUUCUACUUACUCCACCGAGUUGACCACAUUCACUGGAUCGGAUGGUGUUCCAACCACGGAAACCGUUUACUAUGUUGAGACUCCAACUGCUAAUGUCAACUCUACCAUCUACACCCCAUGGACUGGCAGCUUUACUUCUACCUACUCCACCGAGUUGACCACAUUCACUGGAUCUGACGGUAUUCCAACCACGGAAACCGUUUACUAUGUUGAGACCCCAACUGGUGGUGCUAACUCCACCGUCUACACCCCAUGGACUGGCAGCUUUACUUCUACAUACUCCACCGAGUUGACCACAUUCACUGGAUCGGAUGGUGUUCCAACCACGGAAACCGUUUACUAUGUUGAGACUCCAACUGCGAAUGCCAAUUCUACCAUUUACACCCCAUGGACUGGCAGCUUUACUUCUACGUACUCUACCGAUGUCACCACAUUCACUGGAUCGGAUGGUGUUCCAACCACGGAAACCGUUUUCUAUGUUGAGACCUCAACUGGCGGUGCUAACUCUACCAUCUACAACCCAUGGACUGGCAGCUUUACUUCUACCUACUCCACCGGCCUGUCCACAUUCAGUGGAUCUGACGGUAUUCCAACCACCGAGACAAUCUACUACGUGGAAACCCCAGUUGUGGGCGUGAACUCCACUACCACCACCGGAUGGAGUGGAUCGUUUACUAGCACUUUCUCUACUGAUAUCACCACAUUCACUGGAUCUGAUAGUAUUCCAACCACCGAGACCGUUUACUAUGUUGAGACCCCAACUGGUGGUGCUAACUCCACCGUCUACACCCCAUGGACUGGCAGCUUCACUUCUACCUACUCUACCGAUGUCACCACAUUCACUGGAUCGGAUGGUGUUCCAACCACGGAAACCGUUUACUAUGUUGAGACUCCAACUGCUAAUGUCAAUUCUACCAUUUACACCCCAGGGACUGGCAGCUUUACUUCUACCUACUCCACCGAGUUGACCACAUUCAGUGGAUCUGAUGGUAUUCCAACCACGGAAACCGUUUACUAUGUUGAGACCCCAACUGGUGGUGCUAACUCCACCGUCUACACCCCAUGGACUGGCAGCUUCACUUCUACCUACUCUACCGAUGUCACCACAUUCACUGGAUCGGAUGGUGUUCCAACCACGGAAACCGUUUACUAUGUUGAGACCCCAACUGGUGGUGCUAACUCCACCGUCUACACCCCAUGGACUGGCAGCUUUACUUCUACCUACUCCACCGAGUUGACCACAUUCAGUGGAUCUGACGGUAUUCCAACCACGGGAACCGUUUACUAUGUUGAGACCCCAACUGACGGUGCUAACUCUACCGUCUACACCCCAUGGACUGGCAGCUUUACUUCUACCUACUCCACCGAUGUCACUACAUUCACUGGAUCUGAUGGUAUUCCAACCACGGAAACCGUUUACUAUGUUGAGACUCCAACUGCUAAUGUCAACUCUACCGUCUACACCCCAUGGACUGGCAGCUUUACUUCUACCUACUCCACCGAGUUGACGACAUUCACUGGAUCGGAUGGUGUUCCAACAACGGAAACCGUCUACUACGUUGAAACCCCAACUGGUGCUUCUACUUCAUUUAUUGCAUGGACCGGUACCUUCCGGUCAACGAUUGCAGCUGGUAUGACCACCUUCACUGGAUCGGAUGGUAAACCAACCACGCAAACCGUGUAUGUUGUUGAAACACCAGCAAGUGUUUCCACUUCUUACACUGAAUGGACUGGUUCCUUCACCUCGACCUUCUCAACUGGUGCCACCACAUUCACUGGAUCUGACGGUAUCCCAACCACCGAGACCGUUUACUAUGUUGAGACUCCAACUGGUGGUGCUAACUCUACCGUCUACACCCCAUGGACUGGCAGUUUUACUUCUACCUACUCCACCGAUGUCACUACAUUCACUGGAUCGGAUGGUGUUCCAACCACGGAAACCGUUUACUAUGUUGAGACCCCAACUGCUAAUGUCAACUCUACCAUCUACACCCCAUGGACUGGCAGCUUUACUUCUACAUACUCCACCGAGUUGACCGCAUUCACUGGAUCUGACGGUAUUCCAACCACGGAAACCGUUUACUAUGUUGAGACCCCAACUGGCGGUGCUAAGUCCACCGUCUACACCCCAUGGACUGGCAGCUUUACUUCUACUUACUCCACCGAGUUGACCACAUUCACUGGAUCGGAUGGUGUUCCAACCACGGAAACCGUUUACUAUGUUGAGACUCCAACUGGUGCUUCUACCGUCUACACUCCAUGGACUGGCAGCUUUACUUCUACCUAUGCUACCGAUGUCACGACCUUCACUGGAUCUGACGGUAUUACAACUACUGAAACUGUAUACUUGGUAGAGACCCCAACUGGUGCUUCUACCGUCUACACCCCAUGGACUGGCAGCUUUACUUCUACCUACUCCACCGAUAUCACCACAUUCACUGGAUCGGAUGGUAUUCCAACAACGGAAACCGUCUACUACGUUGAAACCCCAACUGGUGCUUCUACUUCAUUUAUUGCAUGGACCGGUACCUUCCGGUCAACGAUUGCAGCUGGUAUAACCACCUUCACUGGAUCGGAUGGUAAACCAACCACGCAAACCGUGUAUGUUGUUGAAACACCAGCAAGUGUUUCCACUUCUUACACUGAAUGGACUGGUUCCUUCACAUCGACCUUCUCAACUGGCGUCACUACGUUCACUGGAUCGGACGGUGAGACGACUACGGAAACCAUCUACUAUGUUGAAACUCCAACCGAAAACGUUCAAUCUACUACUUUCACUCCAUGGACCGGCAGCUUCACCUCAACUUUCUCCACUGAUGUCAUCACCUUCACUGGAUCUGAUGGUAAGCCAACAACAGAAACGGUUUACCAUGUCGAGACCCCGAAUGUUGCUUCGACUGUGUAUACAAGAUGGAGUGGCUUGGUCACAUCAACAUACUCAACUGAACUGUCGACAAUUACAGGAACUGACGGCAUGCCAACUACACAAACAGUUUAUUAUGUUGAGACUCCGAUGUCAGGAUUUUACUCAAAUAGCACUACAAAGAGCGCCAAGCCUGGAAGCUCAAUCCCCCCUAGCUCUGAAGCGAAUGCUGCUGUGACCUCCAGCGCUGCCGCUUCAUCACUUUCUUCCGGCUACCCUGGCACUUUUUCAACAGUUAGAACAUCUCCGUGGUCCAGCACCACUCCUUCAGGAUCUGUCAAGUCACAAUCUUCUGUGGAAAAACCAGCUACGCCCUUUUCGAUUUCUACUAUUUCUUCCGAACCUGUGCCUACUUUGGCGGGCCAAGCAAGCUCUAACUCUUUUACUGAAGAUGUAACUGAGACAGAAAUAGUGACGAGUGCUGCUCCUCUUGUCCCAACGCGCUCUAACAGCAUGAACUUAUUAUCCGGAACCUCAAACUCCAACACAGCUACCAAUAGUGAGUCUGCUGCUACUUCCGAAUCGAAGGUUGAAAAUACAGCUACUAUUCUAGGUGGGUCUAAUAUCAACUCAGCAGGCACACCAGUUGGCACACCAGUUGGCACGCCAGUUGGCACACCAGUUGGCACACCAGUUGGCACACCAGUUGGCACAUCAGUUGGCACACCAGUUGGCACACCAGUUGGCUCUCCAGUUGGCACACCAGUUGGCACACCAGCAGGCUCUCCAACGCUCGACAGUCCAACCGACCGUACCAAACUCAAACAAUGGUUACGACGGCAAUAGUAGCCCAGGUGAACCUUCCACCACCGCAAAUCCUGCCAUUAACCAAGGUUCUCCACAUAACAGUGAUGAAAAUCCAUCAAGCUCUAGCGAGCAAAGUAUCAAUAGUUUUGCUUCGAUAACAGCAGGAUUUGGUCUUCAAUCACAACCUGGCGACCAAACCACCACGGUUUCUCCCUCAACUUCUCCAACACAAAUUUCCGGCUCUUUUUCGGCUUCAUCCUCGAGUGCUACUUUCCCAGUUUCAACGUAUGAAGGUGCUGCUCAGAAGCUUGGACUUGGGUUUCUACUUGCACUGCCCUUGGCGUUAAUCUAG